AAGAACUCUUUGUGAAUUUGCAUCCAACCCAGGAGGAUACACAGUAGUGUUACUUUUUCCAGAUCAUCUACACCAGCUCUAUAGAACUCUUCUACCAUGAGUCAGAAUUUUUGGAAAUUGUAUAAAUCAAAAGUUUUGCAGAGCUUCAAUGCAGAACAAGAAGAAGAACCCAAGGAGGAGAACGAUACUGUGGAAAUGAUAGAGGAAGAAAAUCCUGAAGUGGAAGCCGAAGGGUUAAAUAUGUCCCAGCUCGCCCAAAAGGUUCAAGGUGCACUGGGUUGGAGAAGUGUUGCUUCCCUUUUCAGUAAAGAAGAAGAACAACAACCAGAGCAAGUAGAAGAACAAUCUCCUGAAGAGCAGCCCAAAGACAACCCACCUCCAAAGCGUUCCUCAGCACUAUGGGAUGUUUUUGCCAAUAGGUGGCAGCAGAGCUCUGCAGAACGAUCAGAGGCAAGGGGUGUCCUGGCAGAACCUCCAGAAGAACCCAAUGAAGUCCAGCCAGAGGAAACUCCCUUUAGGUGGGGGUUUCUUACCAGCAAAAUAGCUGAGCUAAGGAGCAAGAACACUUAAAACCCCUAGCCCUGAAAAGCCCCAUCACUAUGAACUCCUGAGGAGUUAUAUCA